UACCUCCGAUAUUUGGCACAUAGAGAACAAGGAACUGUGACGACCUUGUUGAAAAUGUGCCUGUAUUUUCCUUGUGGCCAUAAUGAAUUCCACAAAAAAAAACAAGCGACAUCGUGCGAAUAUUGACAAAUUUGUGAAAUGUUUGAAUUGUGAAAUCUAUGAGUUGAGCGAUGAUUGUUCGGAAAAUAUGUUUAAAUUUCGUUAUAGAAAAUACUAUUCGUUUAUUUCGUGAUGUAAAUGUUUGGAUGUAUUGUUCAAUAUCAUAAUUAUCUAAAGAAAAGCUAAGAGUGAAGCCUCAAAUGUGAAAAUUGUAUCUUGACGAAGUGGAUACUGUUAGGAAACCGAUAGUGAAUCGCUUGCCUUCGCAUAUAAGAUGAAAAAAUUCACUUUCAAAGGAGUUUUGGAUGGCUUUCGAAGUUCUACAGUGAAUCAGACCUCUUCCCUUGGAGCAGCAAGGAAUAUAACAGAACAAGAAAUUCAGGAAACGUUGCGACCUGAACAUUUUCAAUUGCGCAAGACAUUUCGUCAUGGAUUUCCAUAUUCUCCUACGGCUUUGGCGUACGAUACGGUGCAGAAGGUGCUAGCGAUAGGCGACAAAUCCGGCUCAAUGAGAAUAUUAGGAAAAUUUGGUGUAGACGCUCAUGUUACACACGAAGGAGAAUCAAGAUGCGCUGUGAACCUUAUUGAAUUUUUGGUUAAUGAAGGUGGUAUAGUAACAGCAACUGCCGAUGAUACUUUACAUUUAUGGGAUUUUCAUACAAAGAUACCGAAAGUAGUACAAAGCCUAAAAUUUCAACGAGAACGGAUAACACAUUUGCAUCUGCCAGUAGGAACUAAGUGGUUGUAUGUGGGCACUGAAAAAGGGAACACUCACAUAGUUCACGCUGAUUCCUUUACGCUAAGUGGAUAUGUCAUAAAUUGGAACAAAGCAAUUGAUCCAAUAAGAAAGACUCAUCCUGGAGCCGUAAUACAUCUGUCGGAUAAUCCGUUAGAUGCAAAUAAGUUGCUGAUAGGCUUCGAAACUGGUCAAUUAGUUUUGUGGGAUAUGAGAGGAAAAUGUGCAGAACUACGUUGGAUAUCACAGGAACCCCUUCUAUCGUGUUCUUGGCACCAUGAAGGGAAACAUUUCAUUUCAUCACAUACAGAUGGAUCUUUGUGUACGUGGCCUUUGAAACUUUCACCUAAACCUUUAGUGCAUGGUUUUCCGCAUGCUAAAACAAAUAAAGAUGGAAAAACGGAAUCCUGCAAUGCCAUUAAAAAAGUGGAAGUUAAAACAAAUAGACUUGGUGAGCAAUUUACAAUAUUCUCUGGUGGCCUACCAACCGAAAAAUGUAGUAAUAAGUCGCAUUGUAUAACGGUAUUAAUUCAGGGCAAAUCAACAACUGUAUUAGAAAUGGAACAUCCGGUUAUAGAUUUUAUAACAAUUUGUGAAAGUCCUUGGGAAAGCGAUUUACAAGAACCAUACGCUGUUGCAGUUCUAUUGCAAAAUGACUUAGUACUGAUAGAUUUGCUAACGCCUGGUUAUCCAACAUUCGAAUCGCCUUAUUCUAUGGAUUUACAUGAAUCGCAAGUUACAUGCUGUACAUACUUAGCCGAUUGUCCAUCAGAUUUGGUUCCAGCUUUGUAUUCAGUGGGGAGAAACACAUCAAAUCGUCGUUCAGGCUAUUCAGAAAGAGAGUGGCCUAUUAAUGGGGGUGAAUGGCAACCAACUUCCUGUAGCUACUCGGAAAUUGUUAUGACCGGCCAUUAUGAUGGUUCGAUAAAAUUUUGGGACUCAAGUGCUGGUACAUUACAAGUGCUUUAUAAACUGAAAACGUCUAAAAUAUUUGAGAAAUCAAGAGUGAGAUCGUUGGAUGCCAAUGAUGACGACAGUUUAUCUAUAUCGGCAAUUGCUUUAUGUGCUGAAUCCAGGAAACUUUGCAUAGCAACUAGCACUGGACAUGUUGUACUAUUCAAAUUUCGAAGAGCUGAAAGUACAGGAGAUAUUGCAGUGCUUGAGAUACCGAUAUCAUAUGACGGAAGUAGCGAAAAUGAAGGCAGCCCUGAAUGUGAGUUCAUCCCGAAGACACUGCCAAAGCAAACCGCUGAUGCUGCCGAAAGUGAGAAGUGCAAUGGAAUGCUGAAGGUUAGAGCUGGACCACAACGGAAACCGGCAGGUUUCCAAGCUCAGCUGAUAUGUGUAACACCUUGGACACUUGGUACCCACCCAGGACAAAUAACUGCCCUCACGAUAAAUUCCAGUUAUGGAUUAAUGGCUUAUGGCAACGAAUAUGGUCUAGCAGUGGUGGAUAUCGUUCAAAAAAAGUGCUUACUGAAUUUGUCUACGCAGGAAAUGUACGUCUCAUUGGAGCUGUUUGCCCGAACGCCGAAAAGUCCGAAAAGGUUAGAGAGUACUCAGUCUAGAGAAGACAACAUUAGGUCUCCAAGUAUAGAUCAGCGAUUAAACGAUUUGGGUGAUGUUAAUAAAUAUAUAGAAGUAGGAGAUCAUCCACCGGUCUCGAAUUUGGAAGAAUCAAGAACAACUGCAGACAGAAAUAUUGUUCCUGAUGAAUUUCACACAAGUUGUGAACCCAGUGUUUUAUCUAACAAAGAUCAUCGUCACUCGGAAUGUAAAACAUUAAAUUCCGCCAACUCUGCUCUCCCCGUACACCGAAAGAAGCUUGCUAAGAAACAAUCGGAAGGACGUGCAUCAUUUUUUAAAAAUCUUUUAGAUGUAUUCCAAGGUCAAGAGUGGGGUUUCAAUUGUAAUAAGCUAGAUAACUCAGUUUCUCGAUCACGUUCGUCUUCUUUAUCGAGCCUCGAAAACGUCAACACUGAGGCCGUAACAUGCCUGGCAUUUGCCGAUAGUUACAUUAAAAAGAGUGAUCCUUCGUUAGCCCUUCCAACUAUGUGGCUUGGUACGAGUCUUGGAGCUGUGCUAACGAUAUCAUUGGUAAUUCCGGAACAAGAUGUUAGAAAAUCUGCACAUGUAGAAGCUGCACUUACAGGUCUGUUGUUUCGCCUCAAAGGAUCUGUAUUAUCCAUGUCAUUAUUGGACUGUAAUGGAGCGUUAAUACCAUAUUCAUUCGAAUCAUGGAAAGAUGAUUGCAAAGAAGGAAAAGAUAAACGUGACAGAACACCAACAAAGACGACUACAAACAGAACGAGUCCAACAAAUCCUGACGCGCUAUGUGAUCGACAAUUCAUAGUGAUUGCGACGGAAAAACAGGCAGGAGUAUUUGCUCUCCCGAGUCAGAAUUGCGUUCAUAAGAAAAGAAUAACAGAAUUUGAUUUUGUAGUAAAAGCGGAAAUAAUCAGCAUGAAAGACAGCGUCUGUUUAAUCUGUUAUGCAUCCAACGGACAUUUACUUGUGUUCACUCUUCCUAGCCUAAAACCGCUGCUUGAUAUUGAUUUUCUUCCGUUGUCCGAUUUGAGUUUUCAAACUAAAUGUAAACAAGGAAUAGUUGAUCCCAUGUUAUCGAUAUGGGGGCAACAGUUAAUUGUGAACGAAGAUACAAACCUCAUAUCCAAAACGUUCAGUUUUAGUAAUAAAGGACAUGGACUUUACUUGGUAACGCCCACCGAAAUUCAGAAAUUCACUGUGUGUCACGAUUUUUGCAACCAGUAUAGUGAUAUGCUUGGAGAAUUAUAUUCCACACACGAAAUGCCAGAAGUCCCCAAGGAAAGUUUUUUCAAAGGUCUUUUUGGUGGUGGAAUGAGAAAUCUAGAUCGUGAAGAACUAUUUGGCGAAUCUAGUGGAAAAGCAAACAAAUCAGUUGCUAAACAUAUCCCUGGUUCUAGCAGCAACAUUCAGGAGCUGAAUACAAGAACUAUAUCUGCAACAUCAGAAGUUGGUCGAGCCCACCAACUGAUGCUAGAAAGAGGGGAUAAACUAGGACAACUUGAGGAAAGAACUGAACGUAUGGCUAGUGAAGCACAACAGUUUUCUAACUCGGCACAUUUAUUAAUGAAUAAAUAUAAAGAUAAAAAAUGGUAUCAAUUGUAAUUUGUGUAGUAUAGACAUUGAUAAGUAGAAUGUAGAAUCAUCAGAAUAGAAUAUUCCUACAAAUAGAAAAAUUGUUAUCUUUUUAACUCUUUUACUUAAAAGAAUGAAAGUGGAAUGUGUAGGAAUUUCUUCCACGGCAUAAUUGAUGAAUUGUCACAAUUAUGAGAAUGUAUCGUUAUUAGGUACAGAAACGUUAUAUGUAAGAAAACGCUCGAAACAAACAACGACCACGCCGCUGCUUUAGUUGUUACGACUGCUUUAGAAUAAAAAUGUUAUAGAUGAUUGAUCCAAAUAUGUGUGCGCUGUAGUCUGUGCGACAAACAGAUGUUGUAAAUAUUGCAUUUUAAUAGUAACUAUGAAUGUAAAUAUGUUGUUAACGCUAGGUCAUUGCAUAAUAAAACUGAGCGAAAUAUUUUUAAA